GUUAUUAAAAUGACGGGUAAAAACGAAGUUUUUGAGAGACGAAGGAUUCAAAUGAAAUAUAAAUAAGAAUAGGAAAAGAUUAAAAUAUCAGUGUGAGGAGGAGGAGAUAAUGGCAGCAGGCUUUUACAAACCCCUCUUCUGGUAGAGAAACGUUGUUGUAGGUUGAGAAUUGAAAUGGCAGCGGCAAAAUCGUACGGGUUCUCCAUCUCCAUGGAUGCGGUGGUUGGUGUUCCUCCGUCCUUCGCCGGUUUCACGAGAAGGAGUGAUUAUAAUCGCAGGCUUCCCCUGUACUUACCCUCUGUAAGAUUUGGGUUAAGAAGAAUAAGAGUGAGAGGGGUUUUGUCGUCCACACCUUGGUCCCCUCCUGCCAGCCACCGCGACAGGAAUGACAGUGCCAACAAAUUCCGGAGUCAGACUGAGGCUGAGCAGCAGCGCGACGCCAUAUCGCUUCUCAACGAGAGGAUUCGGAGUGAGCACUGCAAGAGAGAAUCUCCGUCGUCCAGGCCAGCCAUGGAUUCCGAGGAGGCCGACAUGUACAUUCAGCUUGUGAAGGACCAGCAGCAAAGGGGUUUGCAGAAACUAAAGGGGGACAGAACAGGUGCCGCCGCCGCUUCAGGUGCUGCCUUUACUUACAAGGUGGAUCCUUAUACCCUCCGUUCCGGUGACUAUGUUGUUCAUAGGAAAGUUGGGAUUGGACGUUUUUUCGGUGUCAAAUUUGAUGUUCCUAAAGAUUCCUCCGAGCCAAUUGAGUAUGUUUUCAUAGAGUACGCUGAUGGAAUGGCCAAAUUACCUAUUAAGCAGGCAUCUCGCAUGCUCUACCGCUAUAAUCUUCCAAAUGAAACCAAAAAGCCACGGACCUUGAGCAAAUUGAACGACACUAGUGCAUGGGAGAGGAGAAGGAUAAAGGGCAAAGUUGCUGUUCAGAAGAUGGUCGUUGACCUGAUGGAGCUGUACCUGCAUAGACUCAAACAGAGGCGGCCUCCCUACCCAAAAGUUCCUGCUGUGGCUGAAUUUGCAUCUCAAUUUCCCUACGAUCCAACUCCAGAUCAAAAACAGGCGUUCAUGGACGUGGAAAGAGAUUUGACCGAGAGAGAAAACCCAAUGGACCGACUGAUUUGUGGUGAUGUUGGUUUUGGUAAAACCGAAGUUGCACUUCGUGCCAUAUUUUGUGUGGUCUCAGCUGGCAAGCAAGCUAUGGUUUUAGCUCCAACAAUAGUGCUGGCCAAACAACAUUUUGAUGUUAUCUCAGAGCGAUUCUCUAGAUUUCAUAAUAUCAAAGUUGGACUUCUAAGUAGAUUUCAGACCAAGUCAGAGAAGGAGACGCAUCUACAGAUGAUCAAACAUGGUAAUCUGGACAUUAUAGUUGGCACUCAUUCAUUACUGGGCGAUCGUGUCGUGUACAGUAACCUUGGCCUGCUUGUUGUUGACGAGGAACAGAGAUUUGGCGUAAAACAGAAAGAGAAGAUUGCUUCAUUCAAGACUUCUGUUGAUGUGCUCACACUUUCUGCAACACCUAUUCCAAGAACACUUUAUUUAGCAUUGACUGGUUUUCGUGAUGCCAGUUUAAUAUCAACACCGCCUCCAGAGAGGGUUCCAAUAAGAACCCAUCUUUCUGCAUACACACAAGAGAAAGUGGUAUCUGCAAUCAAUCAUGAGUUGGAUCGUGGAGGACAAGUUUUCUAUGUCUUGCCUCGUAUCAAGGGGCUUGAAGAAGUUAUGGAAUUUCUGAGACAAUCAUUUCCAAAUGUUGAAAUUGCAAUAGCUCAUGGAAAGCAAUACUCGAGACAGCUUGAAGAAACCAUGGAAAAUUUUGCACAGGGACAUAUUAAGAUUUUAAUAUGCACAAACAUAGUUGAAAGUGGGCUCGAUAUUCAAAACGCAAACACUAUUGUAGUUCAAGAUGUUCAGCUAUUUGGCCUUGCGCAGUUGUACCAGUUGCGUGGAAGGGUGGGCCGAGCAGAUAAGGAAGCUCAUGCUUUCCUGUUUUACCCUGAUAAAUCACUGCUUUCUGAUCAGGCACUUGAGAGGCUUGCUGCUUUAGAAGAAUGUCGAGAUCUGGGACAAGGUUUUCAACUUGCAGAAAGAGACAUGGCCAUUAGAGGCUUCGGUAACAUCUUUGGUGAGCAACAAACAGGAGAUGUUGGAAACGUGGGGAUUGAUCUUUUCUUUGAAAUGCUUUUCGAAAGCCUAUCCAAGGUGGAUGAGCAUCGUGUAGUCUCCAUUCCUUACCAUUCGGUGCAGUUUGAUAUGAACUUGAACCCUCAUCUCCCUUCCGAGUACAUAAACUAUCUGGAAAAUCCCUUGGAAACAAUUAAUGAAGGUGAGAAAGCUGCUGAGAAAGACAUCUGGAAUCUGAUUCAAUUUACUGAAAAUCUGCGCCGCCAAUAUGGAAAAGAGCCUUACUCCAUGGAAAUUCUGUUGAAGAAGCUAUAUGUGAGGAGAAUGGCUGCAGAUUUAGGAAUUAGUAGAAUAUAUGCUUCAGGUAAGACGGUUGGCAUGAAAGCUAACAUGAGUAAAAAGGUUUUCAAGCUGAUGAUAGAGUCGAUGGCUUCUGAAAUACAUCGAACUUCUCUUGUUUUCGACGAUGGAUCAAUUAAGGCUGAACUACUUCUGGAACUACCAAGAGAACAAAUGCUCGACUGGAUCUUCCAGUGCUUAGCUGAACUCUAUGCUUCACUACCAGCGCUGAUAAAGUAUUGAUUUGAAUUUUGGCAUAGUAAUUUCCCAUCUCGGGAGCUUGCUGCUUUCUUGGUGGUCCUAGAAAUGCAAAUAGGCCCUCCUAAGGCUCUUACCGAAGCUGCUGGUUCUGUCCUAUUGUAUCACUAUGUGCAGACUUGUACAGCUAUGCAAAAAAUUCAAUGUGGAUUACUACCAUCCAUUUGUGUAAACAAAAGAAUGUUGCGCUAUCUUUUUUAAGGAUUUAUGGAAUGUCUUGGGAUGAUUCAUGCAUACGUCCUCGCUGGACUUGACAGGGGCCUGACUUAUGAACUUUGUGAUCAUAUCAUCACCAAAAGCAAGUCAAAAUCUGAAAGCAGUUUAACUUGGUCAGGCUUGAUUGAUGAAGUACCUCUUUUUGCUUCAGUGAUCUAACUUCAAAAUUAUAUAUAUUAUAUGUAUAUACAAAGAAAGAAUUUGUUUCUUGUUGGCUAAUUACUCUGUAUACUGAGGACAUAGAUUAGUAAUAUGAAGUUAAUGGUUUGCAAAUCUUCUUUC